GGGAACAAGGAUUACAGAGAAAAGGGGUUACAGGGGAACAAGGCGAACAGAGCAGGAAGAGGAACAGGGGAACAAUGGGAACAGGGGGAAUGGAGAACAAAGGGAACUAGGGGAACAUGGGAAACCGGGGAAAGGGGGGAACAAGGGUUACAGGGGAACAGGGGAAUAGGAGUAACGGAUGAACAAAGGGAACUAGGGAAACAAGAGAACAAGGGAACAGCGGAACAGGAGAACAAGAGGGACAUAGGAACAAGGGAGGACAGGGGAACAAGGAGAACAGAGGAACAAGGGGGAAUAGGAUAACAAGGGUAAACAAGGGCAACAGGGGAACAAGGGUGACAGGGGGACAAUGGAAACCGGGGUGAACAAAGGGAACAAGGGGAAAAAGGCGAACAAGAAAAGAAGGACAACAGGGGAACAGGGAAAGAAGGGAAACAUGGGAACAAGGGAACAGGGAAAGAAGGGAAACUAGGGGAACUAGGGGAGCAAGGAAAAUAUCAAGUCACAGUGGUUUAAAAAUCUAAAACACUCUAGUGAGAACUAGGCUUUUACAAAACUUGCAAUACCGCAAUUUCAAUUAAAUUUAUUCCCUUUCUGUUAACCAAGUUUGAGAGAUGUCAUGAGAUGUCAAUGUGUUUGCGUCGCUUGUGUCUGAGCAAAUAUCAUCAAAUAAAAAUUCUGUGAAUAUAUUAUAAGCCACUAGCACCUAGAACAAAGCAAACAAUCAAUUUUUCCUAAUCGCGGUUUGCCUUUAAAGACUUGGUGAAAAUGAUUGUUGGCCCUGGCUUUAGGCUGUGGGCUAUCACUCUAACGGCAUUAUACCUCAGUCACUCAAUUGGUUAUAAGCCAAGCCGCGUCAGAGAAUAUAUGUUGGAGAAAAUCAUAAAGAGAUCAAGCAAGACAGGUACCUUAUUUUGUCUAUUCAUGAAAAGAUAAUUUCAGUUUCUAGUGUUUUUUUUUUUGCGCUAUCUAUAGAUCGAUUAAUAUAUAUUUGUUCUAUAACAUUAGGCGUUCGUGGACCGCGAUUUUAAAAUGGAAUUGCCAGCAGACAUAUGAUUGUGAAUUAAACUUAGAAAAUUGGCGUGUCAAACAUUGACGGGAAGUCCGAAGACUACAGCAAAGCUGAUUUAAAACAACGUGUAUUGUUUUUUAUAACAAUAUUUCGGCUGGCCAUACCAGCCUUCUUCAGGUUUACAGAUGUUACUGAACUUAAGUAGCAAUCACAAUAUUAUAUAGAUGGUGAAUGUCGCAAUAAAAGGGAGAGGCGGAAAUGACAUACAACAUAAAAACUGGAAAGGAAACAUACUAAGGAUAUGGAUUACAAUAAUUCGUCUGGGCGGUUUGGCGUAAAUCGCCGUGACGAAUUAUAUAAUAUUGUGAUUGCUACAUAAGUUCAGUAACAUCUGUAAACCUUAUUGUUUAUAAAAAACAAUACACGUCGUUUUAAAUCAGCUUUGCUGUAGUCUUCGGACUUCUCGUUUUUGUUCUUUAUAUUUUGGCUGAUUUGAUCUCUUCUCUAGAGAUCCAACGUUUACAACUAGCAGGAUCUUCGUCCACGGUUUUUGCAGUUAAUUUAAUCCUUUAUUAGUGUCAAACAUUGCAUUCAAAAUCAUUCAAUUCUAAUUUGAAUUUCAAAUACGUGGAUGAUUUUCCUCGGCUUCCCCUGAAUGAGAUGUCUUAAUUCCUUUGUCAAAAAAUAAGAGCAUGUGGAAUAAAAAGCUACUGAGUAAUAUCACGCAGUUAUAACUGAUACUAAAUUUAAAGUGAAAAAAAAAGUGGGAGUGUUUUAACCUGUUGUGCACCCCCCUCCCCCACCCCCCCUCGGACUCGUGUAAUUUUACUACUCAAGAGAGUACAAAUAUAGUCAUUUUGUAGCUUGUUAUAUUCGUUUGCAGGCAGUUGAAUAACAUUAAGCAUAAACCAGUGACACCUAUGGCAUUUUUUAUGUACCAAAUACAACUUUCUAAAUCCGGUGGAAAAAUACGAAUAAAAUCAGUUUUUGUUGCGAAGACCAAAAAGCCUGACCAAUAAUAUUGGCUUAAUUUAUUUAAAUCGAUUAUAUCGGGAAAAUGAUAAAGCUGGAGACACGUCAUUCCAGAAACAAAAUGUUUUCAGAGAGGUUUUUGGAAAAGUCUUCAACUGAAUUUCAGUUGGUGAAAAUAAAGGUUCAAAAAGCCCCAUGUGGGGUAAUUAUUAGAUUCCUAAAUCCGGUUCAUUUUUGCUGGUGGAAUCCUGAAGCCAGGUAUUUGGAAUACAGAAUCCAAAGUGCGGAAAAGGGAAACAAGGGAAACAGGGGAACAAGGGAAACAGGGCAGCAAAGGGAACAGGGGAGCAAAUGGAAUAAGGGGAACAGGGGGAACAGGGGAACAAGGGAACAAGGGGAACAGGAGGAACAGGGGAGCAAGGGGAACAAGGGA